AUGUUAUGUCGCAUCUGCGCCCCACGUCUCCUCCUCACAUGGCAACGAGUGUGGCUUCUAGUCCAGUCAGUUCAGCCUCCGGAGUGGGCCCUGGGCCCCAUCCAGGUCACCAAAGAGGUUGAACCUUCUCCAGUCCAGCAGGAGACCCCAUCUCAGCCUCCAGAGUAUGCUGAGGAGGUUGAACCUUCUCCAACCCAGCAGGAGACCGCAGGUCAGCCUCCAGAGCCUCUUGUGGAAGCUGAGCCUUCUCCAAGUGAAAAGGAACAACCAACUCAGCGUUCUGAGCCUACAGAGCCUCCAGCAACCCAGCAGGAGACCCCAGCUCAGCUUUCAGAGAGCAACCAGCUCAGCCUCCAGAGCCUUCUUCAGGGGAGGUGGAACAUUCGCCAACUCAACAGGAACAGCCAGCUCAACCUCCAGAGCAUGAUGAAAUGA